UACAUUUUGCACUUUUCCUUUAAGUGGUGGAAGGUGUUUUUCCUGCUGGUGCUGCUGCUGCUGCUGUUUCUGGUCAAGACGGAGAUUCAUUCUGACGGCAGUCAUCUCCCGUUCGUUCGACCGUGUAUAAGCCGUAUCAUAGAUCCCACUCUCUCCGGACCACCGAUAAUUUGUUACGAGUGAAAAAGCGUAGGAAAAUUAUUAAAAGAAAAGGCCGCGAAAGGUAGUACGAGGUUGUGCGUGUUGCGGGUUCAUCUUCAAAGUAACCCGUUUUUGCCUGGUAAUAAUUAACAUUUGCCGACCGUGGCGAGGAUUAGCUUUCCUAGCCAAGAAUCGAGUGAAGAGCGGUAAACGCGGAAUAUCGGCGGAAAAAGUGAAAAUACCUCAGCUGAAAAUAAUUCGUGAUUGCUGUUCUAUUUUAAUUAAAACCAGUGAAAUAAGCACAAUUGUCCGAGGUGCUCGCUGUGAGUGAAGUUACUUCCGUUGCGCACAAACACCACCAUUUUCAAUCUUAGGAUCGGAGGCAGGCAGACAGGCGAGCAGUGACAGAAAACAAUUUAAGACUCAAAACUGCCAAACAAGGCGCAAUACAAAACGGACUAGGGAAGUCAUUCGAGUCGGUGCACACAAAGGAAUGAAAGUACGUAUUUAGAAGACGAGUCAGUCCCACGUGAAAGAUGGAGCAAUUUGAACAACUUUUAACGUGUUGCGUGUGUCUGGACAGAUACCGCAAUCCGAAGCUACUGCCAUGUCAGCACUCAUUUUGCAUGGAACCGUGCAUGGACGGGCUGAUCGACUACGUCAAACGACAGGUAAAAUGCCCCGAAUGUCGCGCGGAACACCGCAUCCCCUACCAGGGAGUGCAGGGCUUUCCGACCAACGUGACGCUGCAACGGUUCCUAGAGCUACACAUCGAAAUUACUGGCGAACUACCAGAUCCCACCUCCGGUCAAGUGAUGGAACGCUGCAACGUUUGCUCUGAGAAAGCCUACUGCACUCAGUGCGUGCACUGCGACAAGAAGAUCUGUCCGGACUGCAAAAGUGCCCACAUGGACAUUCUACGGCGGGAGAUCAAUCGUAUAAAUAAUCAGAUCCGACGCGGUCUUCACCGUCUGAAGGAAGUUCUCGCGGUGGUCGAGAAAAAUGCCCAAAAUCUACAGAACAAUUGCGGCAGUGUAUCGGAGGAAAUCGACGAGAUCUACCGUCGACUCCAGAAGUCACUCAAAGACCGGACAGAUCAUCUGCGUGGUGAGAUGGACAAGUAUCUGUCGACGGAGCUGAAGAACGUUGUAACGAUGAGGGAAAAUUUGGAACUGGAAAUUGCCAACAUUCAGAGCAACUCUGAUUUGGCCGAAAAGUACAUGAACGAGGGCUCGGUUGAGUGGGAUGACUGUGAGCUGAUGGACACGAAGGAAAUCUUCCUACGAACGGUUGACUUCAUCAGGAAUUUCGACUGCGAAACAAUGGAUUACAGCCGAAAGGUUCGAUUUAUCAUGAAUAUCGACCCGAACAAGCUGAUCAUGGAAGUGUCGUCGUACGGGGAUUUGAAGCUGCCAUCGGAUUCCGUCGGUACAAGUCAAAGUCAGAGCAUGUUGCUGCAACCACCUUCAGGGCCGGGAUUGAUGCGAUCGAAGAGCGAUCACCGGUUGGCGGCUCAAUUUCGUCAACAGGAAGCCCAAGGAUGGAAUGCGGAUGAGGAACCGUUGCUAGGAGGACGUCGCUUCGGAGAGAGGCCGAUUAAACCACCACCGGAGAAAGAGAAGUACGGAAAUGAGUCUCGGUAUGGUCGUGGAAACGAUUAUGACUAUGACGAUGAACCCGCUAGCAGGUCCACGAAGGGCCGUUUCCGGUCUCGGUUCGCCCGCAGCCACCAGAUGGACAAUGACUCGGACAAUGAGUCGAAACAGGUGCGCUUCAACGAAAAGGAAGAGAAAACCAACAAGGUAUCCAGCACCGAGGAUGUCGCCAAGGGCCCGUUGAGUGGAAUCUUCAGACUGAUGGAUUCACCACGGGUAAUGAAACGACUUCAGGAUACGGAAAAAGGUAAAACCAAGAAAGCUUCUCCCGUGACGACCCCAACGUUGCCGAAGCCUUCACCACUCGCUGCAAUUAAACCGAAGGUCACGACAGCCAGACAACUAUCCGAAGAUGAUGAGAUCGCCAAGAUCAAGCGACAGAACAAGGGAGCUUCUACGAGUGCUACGACGAACGCGGCGGCCACGCCAACUUCCCCGGUAGCGACGGAGCCCGAGCGUCCUGCUGCCGACCGAGUUUCCGCCCUGAAAGGACGGGUAACUGCGGCGUCAGCAGGAGCGGCUAGUGACGAUAGUGACAGUUCUCCGAGUUCGCCGGUUCGGCGUUCGUCUCCGCAUGUCGAGGCCGAUAGCGACCAGGACGAAACGGAACGCACUAGUCGCUCCCGUCAGUCUUCUACGGUAAAGUCGGGAACCCCGGGCCCUCAAUCGAAAAAACCUGCCCGUUCGGAAAGUAGCGAGUCCAGUUCGUCGUCCGGCGAAUCUUCCAGUGCAUCGCCGGCUCCAUCGUCGCCAGUUCGCACUGAGGAACCACCAAAGCCGAAAGCUUCGAUUCUGAAAAACUCCGAACCCGCACGGAACACUGCAUCACCGACCUCGACCGCGACCACCGAGAGAAAACCGUUCCAGAGUCGGUUCCUGCCGCAGACACAGCCCGCACCGCCACCGUCGGCUAAGAAGGAAGAAUCCGAAAGCAGCAGUGAAGAAGAAACUUCAUCGGAAGAAGAAUCAGAUGAAGAGGAAGAGGAAGAACCGGUGAAACCGGCACCCAAACCAACUCCAACCGUAACUUCUCCCUCGAUUCGUUCGGAAACACCUAAUUCUCCGUUGUUCAGUCGAAUUCAAGCUCGUGAAGCGGCCGCACUCGAUUCCAAGCGGAACUCACGUGAAGAACCACGAUCCAGCGGCUACUCAAGCCCCACAAAUUAUCGUAGCAAUUACGACCGGGAUGAAAGUCCCAAAUACGGAAGCUCAACAUCGUCUGCGCUCCGUUCGCGAACCACUGCCCACGUGGAACCAGAGGAGAGCAAAUUUGGCAGCUCCGGAUAUACGAGCCGGUUCCUGAACAAAAGCAAAAGUACGGCCGUGGUUGCUCCCGAAGACGACGCCACGGGAGAUGACUCCGACAGUCGGAGCAACCGCAGCCGCUUUACUGCCCUGCAGGAUCGUCGCAAUCGGUUAGCACGAAGCCGCUCAUCGCACAACUUCGGAAACGAUGACGAAGAUGACGAACCGGUCUCACCGACGACAUCCUCACCAUCAGCAUAUCUGGCUUCUAGAUAUGGAGCAUCAUCCUCUCUCGCAUCCCAACCGGCCGAUCUGUCACGUAGUCGCUCGACGCAUGCGUUAAAAUCACGCGAACCUUCACCGGAUCGUAGCACCGGUAGCGAUAAAGAUGGAGCUGCCCUCAGUUCCUGGGCCCGCUACCUCAAGAACAAAUACGGCAACCGUUCCGCCAAGGAUAGUAAGGAAACGCCAUCGUCCUCGCUAUCCAACGCCUCCUCAUCGCUGGCCACCCCGUCGACAUCGUCUGCAUCGUCGUCAGCCGCUGCACGAAGAUUGAGCCUAGGUUUGCCCCUGCGCCAAACAGACAUCCUCAGCUCCGACGACGAUUCAAAAAACGGGGUAGGCUCCCCUACCUCUCCUACGGCGGCAGUAGUCGGUAUACCAGGGGCAGCAGGUAUGUCCCCUAGGACGCAGUACCUGCAGAAGCGCCGACAACUGUUCCAGAUAGGAGGUCGGGGGAGCGAACCAGGUUCCUUCACGUGGCCCCGCGGCAUUGCCGUGGGCCCCGACAAUAGCAUCGUGGUCGCGGAUUCGUCCAACCAUCGCGUCCAGGUGUUCGACUCGAAUGGCAUCUUCGUCAAGGAGUUCGGCCAGUACGGCAACGGGAACGGAGAGUUCGAUUGUCUGGCCGGCGUGGCCGUCAACCGGAUCGGACAGUUCAUCAUUGCCGACAGAUACAACCACCGCAUUCAGGUACUGGAUCCAGCCGGUCGCUUCCUGCGCUCGUUUGGCACCCAGGGCACAGCGGACGGGAAAUUCAACUACCCGUGGGGUAUCACAACCGAUGCGUUAGGAUUCAUUUACGUGUGCGACAAGGAAAAUCACCGCAUACAGGUAUUCCAAUCGGAUGGUACCUUCAUCGGCAAGUUCGGCUCGUGCGGCAAGGACGAAGGUCAACUCGAACAUCCACAUUACAUCGCAGUGUCCAACACGAACCGUGUUGUUGUUUCCGAUUCGAACAACCAUCGCAUUCAGAUCUUUGACGUCAACGGUCGCGUGGUGACCACAUUCGGUGGCGAAGGCUCCGACGAGGGUCAAUUCAAAUUUCCGAGAGGCGUCGCAGUUGACGACCAGGGCUACAUAUGUGUAGCCGAUUCGGGUAACAAUCGGAUCCAGAUUUUCCACCCGGACGGCAGUUUCCUGCGGGCCUUCGGUUCCUGGGGUUCCGGCGAUGCCGAAUUCAAGGGACUGGAAGGAGUGGCCAUCAUGUCCAACGGGAAUAUCCUUGUGUGUGAUCGGGAAAAUCACCGGGUGCAGGUGUUCUAGGCUACUGGAGAUUGAUAGUGUUUUCCUCCGGAUGCGGAUGGCAAUUGUUCGCGACAAGGAAGAAAUAUGAAACAAUCUGUUACCAUAUCAUUUACCCACUCUAGUUGUUUUUUUUUUUCAAUGAUAAUUUUUCUCUAACAUAGCGAAACUCAACUUCGGAAAAUCAGAAAAAUCAAUUUAAAGCAUCAGUUGUUCGACGCUAUUCUGUGCUUCGCUUCGUCGAUUCUUUUCUCAAUCGCCAUGAUUGUAGCUAUCGGUUUCAGAUUGCAUCCCUUCGAGCCAUAAGGCUCCUUUUUCUAACUCAUCCAGGGAAAGUCGCUUUGCUGGUAAAUGUUACACACUAGAAAUAGACUUCCGCGCGUGCUUUUCUUGGCUACUUCUUGUGAUUGCAGUUUUGAGUAGUUUUUUUUUUUUCGAGAAUUUAGUGCUAAUUGAUAAUGAAUCCCCUCCGGGCUGCGAAACGUAUUUAUGGUAGCAUAUGAAAAAGUACAUUAAUGAGUAGAGAACACAGAACCACCCUUUACCGAAAUAGUAGAAUACUAGAAUAUGAUAAAGAUUUUUGGAUUUACUCGUGUUUGAACAGCUGAAAA